GUAUUAAAAUUGUCAGCAGAUAGUAUUUGUGUAGUAGUAGUAGUGAUUUUUUAUAAGUUUAUUUUUAAAGUAAAGGAAAUUUAAAUGACUGUGACAUAUACAGCUCAAGUAGCAUCAUGCAAACGCUUUGGCUGUUUUUGGAAAUUGCUCUUUAGGUGGAAAGGAAGCAUUUAUAAGCUAUUAUGGCCAAACCUCACCGUUUACAUCAUGAUGUAUUCAACUUUGAGUAUAUGUUACAGAUUUUUAUUGGAUGAACAUCAAAAAACAAUAUUUGAGAAAUUAUCCGUCCACUGCCAAACAUAUGGAGACUUAAUACCAGUGUCAUUCGUACUAGGAUUUUACAUUUCUAUUGUCGUUAAGAGAUGGUGGGAUCAGUAUUUGAGCAUCCCUUGGCCGGAUCCAUUAGCUGUAUUAGUCAGUGCUUUUGUAUGGGGUCAGGACGAAAGAUCCAGGUUGAUGAGAAGGACCGUCAUAAGAUACGCCAACCUUUCUUUAGUCAUAACCCUCCGAAUGAUGUGCCCUACAGUGAAAAAACGCUUUCCAACUCUCGACCAUAUGGUAGAAGCAGGUUUUAUGCUGCCAAAUGAGAAAAAAAUGUUUGACAAACUCGAAGAAAGAACUUUGCAUCCAAAAUAUUGGCUGCCACUUGUCUGGUCUAUUCAUAUCUUAAACACAGCCAGGAGAGAAGACAGAAUCAGGGAUGAUUUUGGCCUUAACACAUUGAUAAACGGUGUCAACACGUUUCGAGCAGGAUGUGGUAGUUUACUCAAUUACGACUGGAUUAGCAUACCAUUGGUCUAUUCGCAAGUUGUGACAUUGGCAGUAUAUACAUAUUUUUUAGCAACUCUGAUGGGUAAUCAAUAUUUAAAUCCUACAAAAGGGUAUUCGAAUCACACAAUAGACCUUGUUGUACCCAUAUUCACACUUCUCCAAUUUUUCUUUUAUAUGGGUUGGCUAUUGGUAGCUGAAACAUUAGUUAACCCUUUUGGUGAGGAUGAUGAUGAUUUUGAAGUAAAUUGGCUGAUUGACAGGAAUUUACAAGUCUCGUAUCUAAUUGUUGAUGAAGUACAUGAAGAAUAUCCGGAACUUGUCAAGGAUCAAUAUUGGGAGGAAGUCAUACCAACAGAACUGCCUUAUACAGAAGCGGCCAAACAAUAUUAUACUGAACCGUUCUUGGGCUCUACUCAAAAUGUUGAUGUACCUUUGGACCAACGAGGCUUUAUUUUAAUGUCCAUGCUCAAUGAACCUGAUGUCCCAUUAAAGACAGUUUCUAUAAUUGAACGAAAGGAGACAACUCCAGUGCAGAUACUUCCAGUAUUGUUACCAAAUAUCGAUUUGAAUUCUAACACUUCAUCACCAGAAGAUAAAAGAAAAUCAUCAAAUUCUAUCCUCGACCUUCUAAAGAAAAAUAUUUAUGGUGACAACAGUAAAAGAUCCAUAAGUUCUGAUACAGUUACUGUGAGACAAAAGUCUAUAGCUAUUUCUCACAAGAGUGGAUCUCUCGGUUACAGCGUAGCAUCCACGUUUAGGCGCAACUUCAAUGAUUUUCCAGAAGACAUAUUUUGGAUGUCAGAUUUCUCUCUUGCUGAGCCGCGGUCAAAAUUGUUAAAAGCCCCUCCGACCGGUACAGAUUUGGAUUCAGGACAGUUGAUAAACAAUGUCUUCCCGUUGGAUAAAUUUCCUUGUACAGUGGAAAAUUUACAAUCACAAUCAGUUAAGACACAAAGCGUCAAACCGUAUGAAAAAAUGAAACAAAUAGCUAAAAGCUGGCAUGGUCAAGGCUUGUCUAAUGGGCAAGGACAAGGAGAACAAUUUAUUCGUGGAAUGAAAAUGCAAUUAACUAAUAAUCUGGGACUAGCUAGUAGCCUCUGCCAUACUCUCAAUAGUCAAAAUAACUUGGCAGCUCGAAGUCAACUUAGCUUUCUUGAUGUUGAACUACCGAGUCCUUCAUUAGCGGUCAUCAAUCCAUUAGACACAAUUAACAAAGGUACCCCCUUAAAUGAUCAAACAAGCAAAGAAUCUCUGAGAAAACUCGCCAAUAAGGAAGAAGAGAUAGUACCCUUGGAUCAACAAAUAUUGCUCGAAGACCAAACCAAUCCUUGUCGUAGCAAUAUUGUUCCUGAACCUGAACGGAUCGAUGAAACAGAGCUGGAAUGUCCAAAAGUGCACUUUGAAAAUGAAUCCACAAAACAAUCUCUUUCCAAUGAAGUUGAACUUAGGAAAUUGGACGCCUCAAUAAAAUACAGAAACAUUUCUCCGAAUCUGAUCGACAAAAAAGCCUUCGACGUAGACGAGUCUCACUUAAAUGUUUCAGAUCCGAUCAGUUUUGAAAAGCCAGCUCCUACCCCGGCCAUCGUCAUACCAGGGUCUAUAAUGCAGAAUGAUCACCUCAGUUUACCAGUAUUAGAGCAUGAACCUUCUCAAGCUCAUACUUUCAACGAGAGCCCAAUAAUAAAUCUUGUAAUUAAUGAAAACGCUGAUGCUUACCCACCCUGUCCAGGUGAAGAUACGACUGACCAAAAUGCAUAAACAUUCCAGCUUAGACUAAAUAACAAAA